AUGAAUGCCGGCGUGUUGGCCUGUGCACAUCGCGUCGUCAAUCAUGUCUGUGCCGUUGUCUCUGCAGUGGUGACCAGGGAGCUCAGUAUCGAUGAUAUGCAGUGCUCUGCUGCAGCUAAGGAGACCGCUCUCGCUGCGAACGGUGCGCCAACGGCAGCGAGGCGUGAGCUGCAUUUCAGCGCUGUGGGCCACUCGAUGGGCGGCCUCAUUCUGCGCGCCGCACUGCCCUUACUGAUAGACAAGAUUGAAGGGACCUACGGGGAGCAGUCGCUGGGGUUCGCGGUGCACUGGGAUGUCUUCUGCACCUUAGCGACACCGCACCUUGGCGUGAAAAACAUGAUGUCCAAUACCAAAAUGUUCCUGGGCCAGCACAUCGGGUGUUACCUCUCGACAGCAAUCGCCGAUCUGUUCUGCAAGAGCAGCGUCGUGUCUGCGGACUUGGUUUCACGCGACAGCCUUGCGGCCUGGGCUCGCUUUAAGCGGCGAGUGCUGCUGAGCGUUGUAAACGACGAAACAGUACUGAUGCACAGCAGCAGCUUCGUGAUGCCCUUGCACAUUUUGAAGCGUGACGGUGCGCCGCUUCCUACGGCAGAGGCGGACCUCACCGGCGCGUGCUCCAAGACCAACGCGGGGACUCACCAUCGGCAGGCUGACUGCAGUGCUCUUUACCUUGCUCGCCUUGGCAUCAUGUGUGCGUCAUCGCUUGAGGAGCUGCGCGGCAACGGUGUGCUUCUCACGGAGGUCUCGCCUGACCUGUGGCCGCCCGGGGUUCUCCCGGAGGAGCGCGCACUGGCGGAGCACAUCCUGCGGGAUGUGGGGCCGCUGGAGCUGCAUGUUGUCGACUUCCGCCCGCGGUUGGCGCGUCUUACAUCGAGGGAUGCCUCCCAUGAGAGGCACGGCGGUGAUGUCGCACUCAAGCCUGGCAUCGUGGCGAGGGGUAUGAUGAUGCUGGGGGUUAACCGCUUUAGUCACUCGGCCCUUCUGUGCAAGUGGCCUUUUUCAUACCCCUCCCUCUUUGGGUUUGUUUUGGAGUAUGUCGCCUCAGACUUGAUUUUGACGCCGCUUAGCAGCGCUGUGCCUGUGCCAACACCGCAGGAGGCGCUCCAGCACAGGAGUGCGACUUCCAGCGGUAGCCCCACGGUAGCCGACAGUGGCGAGGGCAUGGCGAGUGCCGCUGAGAUCGCUUCGCCGGCUCUGUAA